UCAUUGAAACCAGGAUCUCUUUCUUUUUAAUCUUCGUAGUUCACACAUGGGGUUCUAAUUAUUCCUUCAUAUACUAAUUAAGUCCGUCAAUUUGGAAGUCUUCCUCUUAAUUUUCUUUCCUUAAAAAGAUUUCAAACUCGUGCUGAUAUCUUUCUUGAAUUGGGGUUAUUUGGUGCAUGCGCGCAAUUCCAUCUUCCGAAACUGACGCUUUUGAUGUUAUUUGUCGUAUAAUAAAUUCUAGUCAUAGUUAUGGAUAAUUGUAACAACGGGUCAAGUUCUGCUCCGGCGCCUUUCUUGUCAAAAACAUAUGAAUUAGUCGAUGAUCCUUACACAAAUCCAGUUGUUUCUUGGAGUCAAAACGGACGUAGCUUUGUCGUCUGGAAUCCCCCUGAAUUCGCCCGAGACUUGCUUCCGAAGUACUUUAAACACAAUAACUUCUCCAGCUUUAUAAGACAACUUAAUACUUAUGGAUUCAGAAAGGUUGAUCCAGAACAAUGGGAGUUCGCGAACGAGGAGUUUCUCAGAGGACAGAGACAUUUAUUGAAGAAUAUUUAUAGACGAAAGCCGAUCCAUAGCCACUCUGCAACAGGACAAUCAGUGGCUCCAUUGACCGAUUCGGAAAGACAGGAAUAUGAAGAGGAAAUUGAGAGGCUAAAAAGGGAAAAUAACUUGCUUCAGUCAUCAGCUGAGAAUCAAGAGAAAUUUAAUCAAGAAUAUGAGUUUGGAAUUAAGUCUAUGGAACAACGUUUACAGAACGUUGCUCAGAGACAGGGGAAAUUGAUAUCCCUUUUGGCUAAAUUACUCGAGAGACCUGAAUUUUCAUCUGAUCUUAUUCAAUGCGCAAACAACAACAACAAAAAGAGACGGUUAUUAGUGUCAAAUUACUUAAGUCAAGAAGAGCAUGCAACUACUAACUCAAUAGUUGCACCAAAAUUAGACUUUGAGAUGGUUAAAAAGAUGGAUUCUUCAAUCAAUUUUUGGGAACGUUUUCUCUAUGGAAUUCGGACGACUCCAACAGAAGAUCAAAUGUAUGAUUUUGAGCAUACACAACCUUUACCUUCCCCGGUUGUUAUACACGAAAUGGAUAGUUCAUCUGAUGAUUCUGGCAAAUGUAUCGAUCAUUCACCAUCGCCUUCGAGGGAUAUCCUAUCCUCGCCUGAGUUAGGAGGAGGAUCAUCGAGUCCUGUCAUAUCAUCAAUUUAUGUCAAUUUAGAAUGUCAACUUAAGCCGUCCGAUCAGAGUAAUUUGAUUACUGAUGUGACAAAAAAUCAGGUUGAGGGUAAUGCUACUAAAACAUCUGAAUCAGUGUCAAACUCGGGUAAUGAUGUUUUUUGGCAACAAUUUUUCAGCGAGACGCCUGGUGGCACUGAGCCACAGGAAGCUCAGAGCAAGGACGUUAACGAAUUAACAUGUAAUAGCAGGUUAGCAGAUAACCAUAGAUAUUGGUGGAACCGCGGUUUUAAUGUAGAAAAUCUUGCUGAACGAAUGGGGCAUCUUAGUAGUCCAGCAACGGGAAACUCAUGAGUUGAUUCACUGUUUCCUUUGACAUGUAUUACUAUUGCUGGUUUUUUUUUUCUGUUUUUUUUGUCCAGUUUUGAUUAUCUGAUGUCACAUAGCAACUCUUGCUGGUUUGUUGUGUAAUAAAUAACAGAUAAGAGUUCCUAGUCC